CUGGCAUCGGAUCUCCUGUAUUUAACCCCGGCCCAGUACUAUCAUACAAAUCUGGUAGUGGAACCCCCAAAGCUCAAAGUUUCCGGGUUGAAAAUUGGAGCAGCUGGCAUCGGAUCUCCUGUAUUUUGUCGGAAUGAGCUUGACUCUUCUGCAAAGCUACUCUUCCGCCGAGGAAGACGAAGGAGAUGUACAAGAACAAUCGGACUACGACAAAUCCGAGGACGAAGAGGAUGGCCAGAACUACGUCGUUUCACACAACCGUUACAGGCCUCUCGUAGACCCCUCCCCUUCUUCGUCUUCCUACCUUCCCUCUGCUCUCGACGCAUUUUCCGAGGUUUCCGGACCUCCGGAGUUCUUAAACAACAGUAUAGAUUCUGAAGCUGCGAGUGAUGCAGGCAACCAACGCAUCCGGCAUGGUCGCCGUAAGAGCACCAGAGAUAAGAAAGAUUUACCUUCUGGUGCUAUUGUUGAGGCUAAAGCUCAUUUAGUUGGGGUCCAUGAGAGAGUCAGAAGUGAUGUUGAAGGUAGCAUACCGAAGACGUCCACUGCACAAAAAAUUCUUUCUCCAGCCACUGCACAAGGAGUCAACCCUAGUGUGACAAACCCAAAUGCAGAAGUUGCAUCAGAGCUUCUGAGGGACAUAAAUAUUGAGGCGGGGAAGAAAAAGGGAUCAACCAUCAAAGACAAGGAGAAGAGUAAGAGGAUAAAGGGUCAGUCAUCGCAUGCUUCAUGGAAGAGCGAGACAGAGAUGGUCUUGCGCCAGCAGUUCGAUUAGCGGCUUGCAUUUAGGUUAUUGAGGUGACACUAAAAAGAAUUUCGACAUUUAAGCAAGAUCAGCCGAGCUCACUAGUCACUACUAUAUAUGUACAACACCAUGUUUUAUGGAGAAGGUGAAGCUGAGGGAAAACAUACAUGUGGAAAAUGUUGAACAUGUUAUUGCGUUUAAAUGUGAACUAGUCUCUAUUAAUCUAAAUUUGUUUGACUCCUUUUUUUCCUUUCUAUUUAUUGUGUUUAAUGUCAUAUGCCAAUUCAUGUUAAUUGGCACCAAAUUCUUUUGGAAUUUAGGUAUGGAUGUUGUUGAUGUUGAACGGACACAUAUUUGCUACUCCCUCCGUUCCUAAAAAUUCUUCCCGGUUUGACUUGGCACGCUUAUUAAGAAAUUGGAAUAAAGUGGAAAUGUAUGAUUGUGGUUGUGUAAGAAAAAAGUAAAAUGAAUGUGAGCCACACAAAUUGUCCAAAAUGGGAAAGUGAGAAGUAUUUUUGGGAACGGUCUAAAAAAGAAAGUGGGAAGUAUUUUUGGGAACGGAGGGAGUAUUAGAAACCAUUUUUUGACGUUAAAUGCCCGUUUGGUAACAUUUAAAUUAGUUGAAUUUGCUGAAACGGAUUAAAUGCUGAUCGGAUUGAAUUGCCUGA